AUGCGUCGCAAGUCCGUCAAACCCUCAGAAUACCCGGCGCUGCCAUUCCACCUCGUCCGCUUCUUCUUGUUUGCCUCCUCGAUCAUCGUCGGAAUCAUCCUCGCUGCCUUUGCUGUACAACUACACAAUGCCGACCACAGGCUUCCAUGGGCGUUCCUCGUCCUCAUUAUUGCCGCCUUCCUAUCCCUACUAAACCUCACCCUCACCACAAUCCUCCACUGCUGCUACGGCCUCUCCCCGCGCCUCUCGCUCAUAACAAACACCAUCGUCUUCAUUAUCUGGGCCAUCGCCCUCGUCCUCCUCUCUUGGUCCCUCUCCCACACAAUCCUCACAACAUGUAAUUCCACAUACUGGGGCACGUCAACGGGGAUAACAGUCUGCCGGAUCUUCAAGGCCCUCUUCACAUUCACAAUCAUCGGCACCGCCCUCCUAAUCGCCUCGAUCGGCCUUGACAUCUUCGCGUACCGACGCACAACUCGGCUUGGAGAGUACGAUCCCAUGGCUGCGGAGGGCCACAACCUAGCUGAGUACAAGGCCGGCCAUGCCCGGGACAGCAGUGUUCUCUCGGGCUCGUUCCCGCAUCCGAAUGCGGGAGUCGCGGAGGACGAUCGGUCGCCGCUUGUUUCCGGUGGUUAUGGAGGCGCCGGGCAUAUGAGGGGCCGAUCUGAGGAGGAUAUCGGGGAGACGAGGCCGCUGCAUCAGCCGCCGCCGUAUAAUAGCAGUACGGCGCUGGAGGGGUACUCGGAUCAGCCAGGGCAGCAGCGGCAUUCUAGAGGGAGGUCGAGUGUUUAUGACAACCCGGGGUAUGGGUAUGGGCAUCAUAAUGAGCAGACGGCAUAUGAUCCUUUGGCGUAUAGGUAG